CGGGAGAGAGAGAGGGGAGGAGAGCUCCGUCUCUCCCGGUGCACUUGGCAGUCUAGUUGCGGGCUGCUGUGCUGUUGCUGUCGUGGCGUGGCUGGUCGCGCCAGGCGGGGAACUUCACCACACUGGAGCCCGGAGUCCCACUCUCUCACCUGCGCAGUUCGGAGCUGCCAUGGGUCUCUCGCCGGGAUUUACUGUCCUAAUUAUUUUACCGGCCUUUCUGCUGCACACCAGCGGCCUUUACAUCGCCAGUAGCGUUGACUCCCUGCAGCACGUUCUGGGGGAGUAUGGACUGGUGAGGCCGAUCAGUGUGGACGCAGAGGGCCGCUUCCUGUCGCACGCCAUCUCAGCUGGCCGCAUGGCAGGGGGGCAGUCCCGUAGGCGCCGGAGGAGGGAGGUAGGAGAAGGCACUGAUGAGUGGGAAGGACCGAGAGGAGCCGAGGGGAGCCCGGGGCCCGCGGCUCCUCGGGAAAGGCUUUACUACAACGUCACCGUCUUCGGCCGGGAGUUCCACCUGCGCCUGCGCCACAACGCCAGGCUGGUGGCCCCCGGAGCCAAGAUGGAGUGGCGGGAUGACAGCGACAGCACGCGGCGCUCCGAGCCGCUGCACGAUGAAUGCCUGUACGUCGGUGACAUCGCGGACGCGCCGGGAGCCACCGUGGCUAUCAGCAACUGUGACGGCCUGGCCGGCAUGAUCAGGACGGAGCAAGAGGAGUUUUUUAUCGAGCCGGUGGAGAGGGGCGAUGGGGUGAUCGAAGAGGAGGAGGAGGAGGGAGGUGGAGGAAGGACACACAUUGUCUAUCGCUCUUCAGCCGUUAAGAAGGGGCCCAUCAGUAGCGCAGCGGCGGACUACCACUCCAGAGGUGCAGAUCUCGGCGGUCUGAUGGACCUGGAGUCUCUGUACCGCGGCGUGGAGGAGAGCAUCAACCACACCCGGGCCGGGCGAGCGCGCAGGCAGAGCCUGGACAGGGCCUACAACAUCGAGGUGCUGCUGGGCGUCGACGACUCCGUGGUCCAGUUUCAUGGGAAGGAGCACGUUCAGAAGUACCUGCUCACGCUCAUGAAUAUUGUGAAUGAAAUCUACCAUGACAACUCUUUGGGGGCAAAAAUCAAUGUGGUGCUGGUGCGGAUUAUUAUGCUGGGGUACGGCAAGUCCGUGAGUCUGAUCGAGCUGGGGAAUCCAUCUCAGAGUCUGGAGAAUGUGUGUCGCUGGGCAUUCCUGCAGCAGAAGCAAGACACAGGGGAUGCUGAGCAUCAUGACCAUGCCAUCUUCCUGACACGACAGGAAUUUGGCCCCACCGGCAUGCAGGGUUAUGCUCCAGUGACAGGCAUGUGCCAUCCGGUGAGGAGCUGCACUCUGAACCACGAGGACGGUUUCUCCUCGGCCUUCGUGGUGGCACACGAGACCGGACAUGUGCUGGGGAUGGAGCACGACGGCCAGGGGAACCGCUGUGGAGACGAGGUGCACAUGGGCAGCAUCAUGGCUCCGCUGGUGCAGGCCGCCUUCCACCGCUUCCACUGGUCCAGAUGUAGCAUGCAGGAGCUGGGACGCUACCUCCAUUCCUACGACUGUCUUCGCGAUGAUCCCUUCGACCACAACUGGCCGUCGCUGCCUCAGCUCCCUGGUUUGCACUACUCCAUGAACGAACAGUGCCGCUUUGACUUCGGCGUCGGCUACACAAUGUGCACCGCGUAUCGCACAUUUGACCCAUGUAAACAGCUGUGGUGUAGCCACCCUGACAAUCCAUUCUUCUGCAAGACCAAGAAAGGGCCGCCCAUUGAUGGAACCAUGUGUGGUAAUGGGAAGCAUUGCUUUAGAGGACACUGCAUCUGGUUGACUCCAGACCUCAUAAAGCAAGAUGGAAACUGGGGUUCAUGGAGUGAGUUUGGCCAGUGUUCCCGCACCUGUGGUGGAGGAGUACAGUUUCGCACCCGUGACUGUGACAAUCCAAGACCAGCCAACGGAGGCCGGACCUGCGUGGGGGCUACUUACCAAUUCCAGAUGUGCAACAUGAACGAGUGUGAAGACAUCUACAGCGAUCCACGGGAGGAGCAGUGCCACACCAGGGAGCCGCGCUUCGAACUCCACAGCAACAAGCACCACUUGCUGCCUUAUGAACACCCCGACCCUAACAAACGCUGCCACCUGCACUGCCAGUCCAAGGAGACACGAGACGUGUUCUUCAUGGAGAGGAUGGUCCAGGACGGCACGCGCUGCUCGUACAAGGACCCGCACAGUGUGUGUGUUCGCGGGGAGUGUGCGAAAGUGGGCUGUGACGGCGUGGUCGACUCCUCGAAGCAGGAGGACAAGUGUGGGGUGUGUGGAGGGGACAACUCCAGCUGCAAAACUUUUAAAGACAUCAUCUCUCGCAACGCCAAGAAACAAGGUUUCCUCAAAGUUCUUGAAAUUCCCAGAGGAGCAAGACACUUACUGAUCCAAGAGCUGAAAGCCACCUCACACACUCUGGCUGUUAAAAAUGUGGCAUCAGGACUGUUCUUCCUGAAUGGGGAAAACGAUUACCCAGAAACCCGUUCAGUCAUAGAGAAGGGCGUGGAGUGGGAAUAUGAGAACGAUAACAACAAAGAGACUCUUCAGACCACCGGCCCUCUCAGACACGGAAUUCUUAUCAUGAUGAAGUUACAUGGGGAUGAGGACGUGAAUUUGUCAUACAAGUACAUGAUGGAUAUGAACAGCGACUCAGCCAUUCUGUACAACAUGCUGGUGGAGGACAGCGCCUAUGAGUGGGCCCCCAAGAGAUGGUCGUACUGCUCCAAGCUUUGUGGUGGAGGGAAACAGUACCUGCGAUACGGCUGCAGAAGGAAGGUUGACAGCAAGAUGGUUCACAAAAGCUACUGCAACAAAUCCAACAUAAAGCCAAGAGGAGACACUCGAGACUGCAACCAGAAGCCCUGUCCUCCACCGAUCUGGGUGACCGGCGAGUGGCAGAACUGCAGCAAGCCGUGUGGAAAGACAGGCCUGCAGAUCCGCUCGGUCAGCUGCGUCCAGUUUUCAGAUGACAAUACCACGCGCUCAAUCCACAACAAGCACUGCAGCGACGACCGUCCCGAAACACGCAGGCCCUGCAACCGACACUCGUGCCCCACCCAGUGGAGGGUGGGACCAUGGUCACAGUGCUCGGUGACAUGUGGUAAUGGAACCCAGCAAAGACAGGCACUGUGCCACGCCAGGGACAAUACCAUCGGCCUGUGUCUGGACAGCAAGCCAGAAACCAUCAGGGUUUGUCGCCUGGAACCAUGUCCCAAGGGCUCGUCCGACCUCAACAAGAACGGCAACAUCCUGAUCCACUGGAUUCCUCACCCCAAACACGGCUUCCCCAAGAUGUCCUCACGCCAGCGUUGUCAUGGAGACCGGUCUGUGUUAUGUCGCAUGGAUGUUGUGAAGCGCUACUGCUCUCUGCCGGAGUACCAGCGCAUAUGCUGCAAGUCCUGCAGCAAUGUCACCAUUGCAGAACCCAUACCCAAGCCAACCUCCAGCUCUCCGUCUGUAACGUCAGUCAAGCCCACGCUCAGAGCUCCUCCACCCGCCAGCAUCCUCACCGCCCUCCCACCCACCAAGCCUGCCAUCCCCACCACGUCGCCUUCCCACAUCGGUUUCUGGUCCACAACUCAUCCUGUUGCCUCUCCGGUCUCAACCCCUCAUUCCAUUUCAACGCCGCUCACUACCUCAGGGACAUCAACCAUCGACCCGCCAGCAUCCACCAGAGCUUCUGUCCUCCCCGCCACUUCUUCCAUGGCAGUCGCCCUUGUCUCCACAACUUCCCCCAGUGUUGGUAAUCGUCCCAUGCCUCUGCCUGCUCCAGAUGUAGAAAAAAGCACAGAUCUACAGGUGGAGAGCACUGAAAGAAUUCUGACAACAUCUGUUAUUGUAACUAGCACAGACGUUGCUGCAACAACCAAUUCACCAAAGACAAGUCCAGCGGAAAAUACGACAAAAGCAGACGUCCUGAUAAAAUCAAAGCCUAAAAAGAAUAGUCUGCCAAAGAAAACACAGAAAAAGGUUGAUCUGCCAAAGAUUAAUCCAAAAAAGAAUACAGCACUGGACAGGACGCCAGGAAAAAAUAUUACAGCAAAAAUAAAUCCCAAAAAGAAAACUAGCUCUGUGCCAAAAAAGGCUACGUUACCAAACACCCAAACGCCCAAAAAAGGUCCCCCAGCAAAGUCUACACCUAAAAAGACUGCUUCUCCAAAGACAACACCAAAAAAGACUAAUCCUGUAAAGGCUACUCCAAAAAAGACAACUGUAGAAAAGACUACUCCAAAAAAGACAAUUGUAGAAAAGACUACUCCCAAAAAGACAACUGUGGAAAAGACUACUCCAAAAAAGACAAUUGUAGAAAAGACUACUCCCAAAAAGACAACUGUAGAAAAGACUACUCCCAAAAAGACAACUGUAGAAAAGACUACUCCAAAAAAGACAACUGUGGAAAAGACUACAAAGACUACUCCCAAAAAGACAGCUGUGGAAAAGACUACUCCCAAAAAGACAACUGUAGAAAAGACUACUCCAAAAAAGACAAUUGUAGAAAAGACUACUCCCAAAAAGACAACUGUGGAAAAGACUACUCCAAAAAAGUCUACUGCAGCAAAGACUAUUUCAAAAAAGACAUCUCAAGCAAAGGUUAAUUCUAAAAAGGCUCCUCCUGUAAAGAGCCUUCCAGAAAACAUAAAUAAACCUUCUUCUGAAAAGAAGGUUCCACCAAAGACCAAAGUCAUGAAGCAACCUCAGCCAAAGAAAAAUGUCCCGAAAACCCCCCAGCACAAAAGUGUUUUAGAUCCACAGGUCAAAGUCACCGAGAAAGAAGGAAAUGCUAAAAAGACUAUAUCUAAAAAGAAAACACCCAAAAUUCCUAGUUAUUCCACUACAUCUGUCACAUCCUAUACAGACUCACAGCCUUCAACAGAGCAUGUUUCCUCCACUACAUCCUCCACCAUCAGUCCUUAUGCUACAAAAGUGAGCUUUCCAGAGUCAGAAACCGAUGUGAAGUACGUAAGAAACAGUACAGUGGUGACAGAGGAGACUCCGCUGUGGUACGAGGUUAGCUCAGACCCUGGAGUGACGACACCCAGCACCGUCUCUGACCCCGUUACGCCCUCUGAGAGCGUUGUUAUUGAGGACGCUACAGUGUCCAGUGGAACGAUGCCGUACAGCGACGUCUCCAUGACUAGCGGUGGGGAUGUCACAGUAUCCAGCGGGACGAUUCUCAGCGGUGAUGACAUUACUGUGUCCUACAGCAACGUGGGAUUGGUCAGUGACACCAUGGUCUUGGACGAUGGCCUCACCAUGGUGAUACCCACCAUUAGUGAAGACGACUUCACACAGCUGGCCACCUCACCCUGGCUGGAUCUAUCCGAGUACAUCCCUGUGAACAUCCCCGCUCCCACGUCCACCGCAGACCCCUCUACCCCCCACCCCCCACCCAGCACAAUCACUCCUCCAACUGCCAAACCACCAGUCGCCACCACCACCACCGCUGCUGCGAUCUUAGAUCCUCAACGGAGCACCGAAGAGGACAGAGAGAACAACUCCGUCGACAUCGUACCCAGCCGGAUCGGCGGCGCGGACGCCGACGUCUCACUGAACAACCUGAUCCCAAAGCGGCGGGUCAAUCUCAGAGAAAGAACCAAGAACAAACGCAUUCAGGAGCUUCUAGAGGAAAAGCGAAACUUUCUGCUCAGGAUGAAGAGAGGCCACUCAGCACAAUAGAACAAGCCUUCUCCUUUUUCUCUUAUAGAGACGAACAUUUUUCUCUCCAUUCCGCCUGCUGUCGUGCUUUCUGUCAAGCUUUUUCACAAACACAGAAAACUCUCCACCAUAUCACAAUCAGGACCACUGCAGGGUGGGAUCAUCUUGAUCAAUUGUUUGAACAGUUGUUUCAAAUGAAAGGAAACCCUUGAGAGUACAAACUGUUGCAGAUUUGGAGCAAACCGACUCCUCUGUGUAAACACAAUAAUGACAAACAGAUGGAUGAAGAGUGAACAUCCAGGCCUGUUCAAAGUCCUGAUUUUAUCCCCCUGAACCACCUGCAGUCUUGUUUGGGGAUUAGGUGAUGAUGCAUGUAAGUGAUAAUGUAGUUUGUAAAAUGGUAAUUUCCCUUCUGGUGCUUAUGGGGCAACAGAAUUGCCUCCUCGAUUCCAGAUCUCCAUUUCAUGUUUUGCCAGAGCCCAGGACUGCAGCUUCCCCAGACAGAUAGGAUUACUGCUCUGUCUCCUGAUAACUGUUGAUCAAAUUAAAGUGGUUCUUUAAGUGGCUAACGCUCUCAAUACAUUGUACAUACAUAAUGUAUAUUAGUGGCUAUUUUGAGGCCUGAAAGCAAUGUGCCAAAGCCAGACAAUCACAAAGUAAAAUUUAAAUUUAUUGCAGUGCGAAAGUUUACACUGGUUGAAUUGUGCUGCUUUUCUCCAAAGCAAGGACUUUCCAAAGGGUUUUCUUAUCUCUCAGGAAGUUAAAAAAACAGUAUAAAGUCUGCAGAGGGACAUUGCUUGGCUUUGCUUUAUUUUUGUUUUCCUGUUUUCACGGUCAGUCAAAUAUGGUGCUCUUUCUUUUUCUCAGUGUUGCUAACAGCAAUGUCCCUCAUGCAUUCGUUUAAGAAGAAAAAAGAUUAAAAAAAAAUAAAUAAAUAAAUGAAUAAACCAGCCUGUGUAUAUUAAUUGUAUCCAAACCAAAGCUUUAAGGGCCAGUUUAUUUUCUUUCUUUUUUAAAAGUUUUUUUUUUGUACAUCUCUAACUUGCAGCACCUGCAAGAGCACGUAUUUCUGUACAAUAUCUGUACAUAUGAAAUAGAAGUUAAUGUUUAAUAUUUAUUAAAGUUCAAGUGCCUUUGA